CCAGCUCUGGGGCACCAGCAGGACCCUUUUGUCGCAUGUCGUUCAUUUCGCUAAUUCUACAAUAAAUUUACUCGAUUCUGCAUUUGAUCAACCACGUGAAUGUAAAUUUGACUUUGAGCGCGUGCAAUGCGUUCAGCCAUGUAGAAAAUCAGGCUAUUUAUCGUACAUUAAUGCGCUUGCCCCUCAGGGCAGUAAUGCGACAUAGUCAGGAUCGGGUCGUAGUGGGCACAGUGUAGUCUCGCUGGUUGACAGGCACGCGUGGCCCAGUGAGUGUGUAAAAGGAGGCGAUUGAACGGGGAGGUCGCAAUCUCUCCGGCGCUAAACGGCGCAGGUGGCACCUCUUUGUAGACAGUUUCAGCACUAAUCAGAAGAUAGAAAACUCACGUAAGUCUCGUAUAAGAAAAAGUCAAUAUUUGACCAAGUUACAGACGCAUUUGACCUUUGUCACAAAUGUAAACAUUGCACUUGACUGUGGAGGUUGCAGCCAGCGGAUGUCGUCAACAUUGAGAGACAGAUCGCCGAACGUGCCGGAGUGCUCUUUAUAUUGCUUCAUCUUCUCAUGAUUGCAGCAAACCCUAGUGCUUCAGAGGCUGCCGGCUAUCGGAUUACCGCCUAUGCCAAUGCUGCAGCUGUUUAUCUAAACUCAGUCUAUGUCAGCCGACGGACUCGACUUGCGUUCUGGCGCACGGCCAGACCUAGCAGCCACAGAAGGGGAUUCGAUUCAUGGCAGCGCUGCGUCUCGCUCAUCGCUGCUCCGCCGUUACGCCGUGCAUCCCUGUGUCGGUGCACCUGGGGCUUUGGGUAGCAUUCACAAUACUGGAGUCCAGGAUGAUAAAUGUUUAACGGAGGAAAAACAGAUUGUUUGCACUACCGGUGAUUGUGGGGAAGGCAAGCCCCAUCAAUCUGCUACAGACGCCUUGUACACUAGUGAAAGCGGACAGCUUGCUGGUGGUGAAGCACCUAAAAUAACUUCUAGAGAACAGCUGAGGUGUAGUGAGUGGAGAGAGAGUUCACAAGAAAGGGUAGAAAUCAGAUCGGCAGUAGCACAAACAGCGAGGGCUAUAUCAGCCCAGGAGCCUGGUAUUUUUUCAGGAGGUUUGAACCAAAGUUUUACCUUUGAGAAAAAUUCUAAUUACGGUCAUGAUGGUGAUUAUAACAGUGAGGCACAAGUAGGGGAUUUCUGUAAUGCAGAAAGGGCUCUCAGCAGGGAUUUAGAUACAGAAGGAGGAAAAACCAUUGUAACUGGUAUCGGAGUUUCAGAAACUGGUAAAGGUCAGCAGAAUGAACUCACACGCCAAAAUAUUUUAAGGAAAAAGUUAUUUUCCAAGGAGGAAGGAACAGCUGAUCUGGGCCAGGACUAUUCUACCAGUAGUGCAGACUCCCACAAGGAGAAUGAUAAUAAUUAUGCGACUGGGACUGCACGCUGGAGUGAGGCUACUUGUCCAGCACUGAGUAAGGAAUUAACCCCACUAAGCACUGGGGGUUAUAAUGAAACCAGUGCAGAUGGUUCACAGAGUGUACAAGUGCAUGCAUUAAGCCAGCAGCACUUGUCAGCUCCGGAAGAGUAUAAGGAGGUGCAUUCCUCACAUGUUUCUCCCAGUCAGUCAAUAUCUACCUAUGAUAAUAGACCUCCAUUUCGCAGAAGUUUCAGCGAAUCUACGGUCGAGGAUUACUACAGGGAUGAGCGCUUAGAGUUAUUGGCAAGGUCAGAUAAUAAUAAAGCAGAGGUUGUCAGUUUAAAGGCAGAUAACCCAACAGGAGUUGGUGCUUCAGAGUCAGUGGAUGCUCCUACAACUGGAGUUGUCAUUUCGCGUAGGAGAAAAGGAGUUGUGACUGAACCCCCAAAGUUUGAGACAUACCCCUCUAAUACUAAUGCUGAUAAAACUCUGUACUGGAAUGACACACAGUCACAGGUUCAGCCAAACAAUCGUGCCCGUCGCAGGAGUUCUAGUCAGACGUCAGAGGAAGACGAGGACUGUUGUGCGAGUGGGAUGGCACAAUGCGAGCUGAUGCACUUACGACAAAAGUCACGUCAGCGCAGUAUAUCACUUUCAGAAAGAUCUGCUCUCAGUAAUGUUACAAAUUUAAAAACCAGACAGCAGAGUGGCCAAUACAACGCCAGUGUGUUUGGUGUGAAAAAAGUGCACGUUGCACGUCUUGCAACUCUGCAGUCAUUUUCAGACAGCACUCCUAUCAGCUCUUUAAGUAGCAGCAGACGAUCCAGUGUGGAUACGUUAAAAGACUCCAGUGUGGAAUCAGUCGAGGACACUAGCAGUAACAUGGAUGCUAGGUCUCCCCCCUCCAUUACGCCUUCACUUUCUAGGUCAGGAAGCUUUAAAGCCAAACCAAAUCUGCCGCCAUUUGCAACGUUCAGGCGCCCUACGCUGAGUCGUAAGCCAGCAUCUGAACUCUCUGGGGAGCAACUGCGUGCUGCACAGAGAAGUAUUCUAAGUAAUGAUUUUUUGACUAAGUAUAGUUUAAGAUCACGGUAUGGCACGAGCACGCGCUCAUUUCCAACGUCUCCAAUGAUGAUGUCACCUGGCAUUAAGUCUCCUACCUAUGGUGACAUGAAUAUGUCAGGUUCAAAUAAACUUCAGAACUUAACGCAGCGACUGGCAAUGUUAAACAAAGAGAAUGUUUCACAGGAUAAUUAUUCAGAGACCAGAAGUGAGCCAGCAUCAAUAGAGAUUCAUGAGCAGGAGCUCGAUGAUAAUCAUCACCUUCGUCACAGUAAAACUGGGUCCUUGGAUCGAGACACCAUUUUUGACCACUACCAUUUAACCAGUUCGCCUCCCCAGCAAAUGUCAACACCCAAAAAGAACGCCAAGACUUCGCCUGCCUUGAAAGUGGACGAUGAGGAUGAGGUGUUUACAUCUGACAGCGCUGUGGAAGAUGGAAGUGAAUCAGACAAUAAAUCAGAACAAUCAAGUGGUUAUUCUGAUGCUAUUCAGACAGUCACCACAGCAUCACCAACCAUUGUAGUAUUGCCAAAAAUGCGUCGAAGAUCAGGAUACGAUGCCAGAAAUUUGCCUAAAAUUAUCACCAGUCCUGUUUCUGAGCAUGAGGGUUCAGAGCAGUCUGGAUCAAGGCAACGGGUCAGAAUCGAUUCUUCUGGACGGUCAGGGGGGAAUAAAGCCUCCAAUGGUAGAUUUAUCACCCAUCCCCCUGGUCGCACUGAGAAAAUGCCUGAGAGUGAGGAGAGGGGACCAAAAGACAGCAAUGGUUUCGGAACCCUACACCCAGAGAAGGGGUAUGGGCCGCAGGUCUGUGAGGGCCAGCUGGACGAUCAGAUGAGUGUCCACUCCUUAGCAGAUAGCCACAUAUCGCAGACUGAUUCAGAAAUCACUUCUUACAGUGAUGUGGUUGAGAGCGUCAUUGUAGGCGAAGGGGAGAUUGAUCGCUUGGAUGUAUCACGUCGUAAUAGAAAUUCUCUGAAAGUGAAGUCGAAAAGUGACCCAAGCGCGGAUAAAAUGAAAGAAAGUGUAGACAUCCCAAACAUCACAAAAAAAUCUGUACAGCCCCAAAGUGCCAGUACUCCUCAGUUAUUAGAAGAAAGAGACCAAAUUACCCAGUUGCCAGAGUUUCAGAGAAGCCAGGAGGACACUAGAGAGAAAUCUAAGUCAGAAAAUAUCUUGCCUUCCACCAAACCAAAGAUACGUGCUGCUGACACCAAAGAAAUUGAGUUAUCAUCCAAAGGAAAGUUCAUCAUUGUUAAACCAGACAAGAUCGAACUUGAAGACAACCACCACAAGAGGUCCUCGACGAGCCCGGAGACUUCAUUUUCAGAUUCUCAGGACAGACCUCGCACCCUGACAAUCCCAGGGCCGGGGAAGGGGAUAACCCGCAGCAAAAGCGCUGUGGGCAUGAUCGGGAGUAGGAAAAGCAAGCUGUCUUAUUCCCCUUCCUCUGCCUCAUCUCUCGGCAUAAUGAAAGACCCCAGCCCUGUGAGGAAAACCAGCGUCACCAUGGAAGAGGCGUUUCGCUCUGUCCAUCUGAGCCGUGAAGCUGCUGCCAGCGCAGCUUCCUGUGAUCUGCCUUCCCCUAGCAGCUCUCCCACUUGUCAAUCCACACAGGAUCUCACCCCGACACCGAGGACGUCCCCUGCCAGACAGACACCCAUCCCUUUUGUGCAGGACAAGCGCUACCACAUCAUCAAGGAGCUGUAUAGUGUAGAACAGGAAUAUGUGGACUCCCUCCGAAUACUGGUGGAUAAAUAUGUGAUUCCACUGAAAGCUCAAGACAUUCUGGACAGCUCCAUGGUGGAUGAAAUAUUUUACAAGACCAUGAUUCCUGAAAUCCUCACACAUCAUGCAAUUUUCCUGACUUCACUAGAAAGAACAUGGGAAAACUGGAGCAGCACACAGACGGUGGGGGAUGUUAUAAAAGCUAUGUUUUCAAAGCAGUCUGUAGUUGAAAGCUACCUUCUUUUUAUCAAGAACUACAAGCGCUCCGAGAAGAUGAUAGACCACGCUUUGCAGACAAAGUCAUCAUUCCAAAAAUUUUCAGAGCAAUGCCAAAGAAGUAGUCGCAGAAAGCUUAAGAUCAAGGACCUGAUUAUACAGCCAGCACAAAGAAUACCACGGUAUGAACUGCUGAUUCAGAGAUUCCUUGAUCACACCAGCAAAGAUCACCCUGAUUACCCCCUGUUAAAGGAGGCAGAAAAAGCUAUUCAUGACCUGGCCAUGAAGAUAGGAAGUGUGGACAAAUCUCGGCGGGGAGAAGAUAUGCAGGAGACUUUAAAGAAACUGGAACUGCUACUCCUCAUUGAUGAUCUUGCCACUCCAGAUAGAGUAUACUUACGCCAUGAUAUGGUGACAGUGCCAAACCGAAAGGACAUGUGCUGCAUAUGGAUGUUCUCUGAUCUCAUUGUAUUCACCAGUGUCAAAAGGAAAAGUGGAAGUGUAGGAAGGAAGACAUCUUUACUUGUGCAAUCUCCGUCAGGGAAAGUGGAUUUUAUUGAGAAUAUCAAACACAAAUUUUGGCUCAAGAUUGGCUUAGAUGAUGUUGAAAUUGUCAACUCACCAGACACAUUGACAAGGAAGCGCCACAAAGACAAAGAUCAGCUGGAGUCUGACCUGGCUGUUCUCACAGAUGUGACAGAACUAGUCUGUAAACUCAACUGUGAACAUCAGAUGUUGAAGGACGACAUCGCAGAGCUAACGAACACCCUGAACAACCGUCUGUCAGAGCUGCAGCUCCAGAGUGCUGGUACAGAUAUGUGCAGGAUUGAUCUCAUGGCCACUACACCUGAGGGUGUGUCCAACAUCAUAGCUAUCUUCCCCUCUCCAGACAAGAGGAAAUCCUGGGAAGACGGAUUCAUGGAGGCAAAGCAAAAUCUGUCUGCCAUUACAGAGAAAAGGCCACCAGAAUUCAUGCAAGCUUUGCAGAUCACUAAGACCAGAGCUGGAAUGCAGUUUUCCUGUGCCUCCCCCGUGGAUGGUGUGAACACAUCGGGCUACAGAGAUGUGUGGGUGUGUAACAGUGAUGGCUACGUGGGGCACAUGUGCCUGCUCAGUCUACAGCCAGAACCCAUAGUGACACUGAACACUCCUGUCCCAGGGUGCAACUCAAAGAUACUGUGUAUAUUUGCAGUGCCAGCAUACAGUGGGCCUUUAAAAAGGAAAGGAAGUGGCCGCAAUCGUUCAAUGGACAGUGGUCACCAGGACGAUUUCAAUCAGGUCAGUUUGGAGCUGAGUAACACAGAGUCCAGUGAUGGUUCAGAGUCUGAUACAGAGUCAACUGAUGAUGAGGAUGAUAUGCCAUCUUAUAGCAGGAGGAAUGUUGGACGCCACACCAGACAGAGCUCAGAGAGCAGCAAGCAGACGCCUCUCCUGGACCCAUACAAGAGCACCAUGUGGCUAGGAACAGACAAUGGAUAUAUCCAUAUCUUUCAAAGCACAGACAACAUCAAGACCACCAAGAACAAACUGAAAGUGCCCCAUCCUGCAGGAGUUCUUUGCAUUGUGCAUUUGGAUUGCAAGGUGUUUGCUUCUUUAGCAAAUGGAGAGAUCCGUGUAUACAGGAGGGAUGCAGAUGGCAGCUGGGACACACAACAUCCAGACACUCUAUCAGUGGGCACUGUGACGUCACCAGUGACCAAGAUGUUGGCAGUGGCUGGUAAACUGUGGUGUGGCUGUCAGAGUGGGGUCAUGAUGCUGAACCCUACAACUCUUGUCUCUGAGGUUUCAUUUCAAAUCCCCACAGACAGCCCACGCCCCAUCCAGUCCAUGGUGUGCUCUGGUCAGGGGGUCUGGAUAGCACCCCAGGGCAGCUCCAAGGUGGUGCUCUUCCAUGCUACCAACAGACAGUUCCUUACAGACAUAAGCAUAGCUCAGGCAGUGACACAGAAACUUAUGGCUACAGAUGACAUAAUUAGACAGCAUAAAACGGCGUGCCUUCGCAUCACCUCCCUCCUGGCCUGUAAGGAUCUCCUCUGGGUAGGAACCAGUGCAGGGGUCAUCCUCACCAUUCCCUUGCCGAAGAUUACUUCAUCCACCACUAAAUCUACUCUUCAAGCACCCACUGUGACAGGUUUAGUCCAUGGUCAUACUGGUCACGUGCGCUUCCUUACAGCAGUGGAGAUGCCUUCAUCUCGACCUUUUCCGGAACAGUCGCUACAACAACAUCACUUAAUACGUCGUCGCUCAAUAGGGGGCACUCCUGCUCGUGCCACCAAGAUGCUGGUUAUCAGUGGAGGAGAUGGUUAUGAGGAUUUCCGCACAGGGAUUAAUAAUGAAGCAGCAGGCAGGGAUGAUAGCACCAACCACUUACUGCUGUGGCAGGUCUGAUGAAAUGGAUUCCCCUGCAGGUGGUGCCAUCUAUUGUUAUGUUGCCCUUGUGAAAAUGUGGGUGCUUACUGAAAAUAUGGGUAUUUAUUUGUUAUAGAGGACUGGAUGACACAAUCAGAAGGACUUGCAAGAGUCUGCAUGAUAUCUGAUAACAGCUUUUACAAAAUCCUGCUUGUCAAAGGUGGAAAUUCAUGCAGCCUUCCAGACAAUGAACCAGGUUUUUUAAUUAACAGUGUUUUAGGAGGCUUAACAUUGUAUCAACAUCAGUGUGUCUCUGAACAGUCGAUCAGGUAAAAAUGGGGUGAUUUGGUGCAUGAACUGUGAUGUGAUAAGUUAAAGAAGUAAUAGAUUUGUUCAUUGAAAUUGCACAUUGGUGGACUUAAGGUUGGCCCAGAAGUGAGUGUCCACCAAACAAAAACGUGCUAUGAAUAAAAAAAAUUAUUAAAAUGUAAGAUCACAUGACAUUUCCUAAAAUUUUUAUAUCAAAUGAAGCAAGUUCAUACAGUGAAGAUCAGGUAUUUUAAACCUCAAUAUUUGGUAUCCUUGCUUGCUUGUAAAAUCAGAAACGAAAGUUUUGCACUGCAAUAGCAAAUAUUCUUAAUAGUCAAGAAAAUUGAUCUGAAAAAAAAAGAAUUUGGUAGCUGCUCAUUCUUUUGCCUGCAAACAAAUCUAAAGAAGGCUUCUAGUUGUUUUGCAAAGUUAUUGUGAAAUGCAAUUUCCUUAAAUCUAUUAUUCUCUUUAAGAGACAAUUGUGUAUGGGUAUAUUGUCUGAAUUUAAAAUAAGUGUACACAAAAUUUGAUUGAUUUCCAUUCACAUUUCAGUUUAACUUGUAUGUUUUAUCAAAAAAAUUUUCUGGCUUAUAGGAUUACUCAUUGAAGUCUGCCAAUGGAAGUGCUAUUGCAAAUUUGCCAAUAUUAAAGAAUAUCAAAUUAGUCAUCGAGGGGAGCAGCCUCCAGAAUCAUUUUAAAUAUUUCAGCAUAGCUGUAAAUAUAUACAAAUCUGAACCUCAAGAAUUUUGGUCAAACCAAUUAUUGUAUUUCUCCUAGGGUUCUUUUCACAUUAUUUACAUAAUUUUAAUAUUUCAUGUUAUUGUUUCUUAUCGUAUCAACUUGUGUCACGUUUGCAGGUAUGAGGGGUCACCUCAUCUUACGUGCUUUUGUUUGCAAAUUUUUAAUGUGCUAAUUUGAAAACUGGUGCAUCUGCUUUUUCAAGUCAGUUGGACAUGCUAAGUCAUGCAAUUCAUAUGCUUUCACGUCAUCACAGUGAUACAAUCUUUCUGGAAGUUUUCUCAUUUUUAAUCUGCCAUUUGUGGCCUUGUCAUGUACCCCAAAACCCAUUUUACAGUGGGUGCAAAAAGAGAAAGAAAUUUUUAACAUUUUUCCCACCAAUGAAUGUCAUUAAUGUAUCUAUUCAAUAUUGUAGACAGGUGCUACUAGGCUGCAUUGUUUUUAUCUCAAGGAUGUAAGUUUUAGAUAUGAAAAAAUCAGUGUACAGUUAUGGUAAUACAAAUUAAUUUUUAAUGAUAACAUAUUAGAUGUACAGACAAUCCUAUCAGGUGGUGCCAUCAUACAAACUUGGUUUGUAAAGGGUCUUCUAGGACGUCUUCAGCACCGUUUGGCCUAUGAAAACAUUGUGGUAUAUAUAUACUGUAUGUAAGGAACAAAUUUCCAGUAUUAUUACAAGUUAUUUUGUAUAUUUAUGAAGUAUUGAGUGAGCUGGGCAGUCUUCAGAGAAAAUAAAAAUGUGAAUUCA